AAAUAAUAAAACAUCAUGAAUUUAUUAAUAUACGUGUUUCUGAUCUCUUUGGUCAAUUGUUUUGAGUCGACUUGCAAAUAUUUACACGUUUCGACUGACAUAGAUAAAAGCAGAGAUGAUAUAAUUAAAGCUGGUGUGCCUGCCAAAUAAUGGGUAUUGGAAGCAGGUAUAAAUAUUCUAUCAUAGAAUAGACACAUUUCAAUUGGUGAAUAACUCAGUUCAAAUGGACUAUUUGUAUGUCUCUAUGGACAAUAAGAUCUAAUUAACACAAGAUAUGGUGCAAUUGGAAUUUGAUGAUCAUUAUUUUGCAAACAGCACGCUUAAACUGGAGCAUCAUUAAAGCAAUGUCUAUUCAUUGAAAAUUGAUUACAGAUGUAAAUAAUAUGGUGGCAGACUAAUUCAGUACGAAGUAGUAUUUAAUAUACCAUCAUGUGGGUCUGCAAAGAUCUAUUGGUAAAAAUUAUGUGGAAGUCCUUUGAUAAAACGACAUGGAUUGAAUGUGGAUGCACUUAUUAAAUCAUAUAAUUAGACAGUUGUUAAGGAUGGAGAAUUGGUAAAUAAAGCCUAUUGGGACAAGGACUUUGAUAAUUUUGUUUUCACAGUUCCAGCCAAUCUGAAUUACUCCAUCUUUUACGUUUACAUGAAUCUAACAAAGAGCAGCGAGGAAGAAAAAAUUUUGAAGAAAGAGGAAACCAAAGAUUUCUUUAAUGCAGUUGAUUAAUCAAAAUCAGACACAGAAACAACAUAAGAAGAAUUUCAAGUCUUGGAAGCAAUACUAAAAUUAAUCCCAGAAGUGCAUAUAUCUCCUCCAUAUGUUGAUGCAGAUCACACAAUCACAAAACCAAUAAUUAGAGGAGAUUUAUUCAAAGGGGGAAUAGUAACAGAUGAGCCUUCAACCUUAAUUGUAGAGUAUAAUUGCGUUGAAAAUGGAAAUACUACUAUCGAAUUAAAUAUUCCUUUAUAAUAUUUCUAAGAUAUUACAAUGGUGUUCUAAAAGCAAUGUGUAGUUUCGCCAUAAAGUUCAUUGUAAUUAUUAUUCUUAAAAUGGUUAGUUCAAUUCUAUCAGUCUUGUUUUAUUUGAUCUGUUUUGGAGUUGUAGGGUUUAUGCUAUACACUUUCGAAGUGCACACAAUUAGUUUAAGUGAUAUUAGAAGGAUAUUUACAUAGAGAUAGAAAUUUAAUUAUAAGGCAACUGAGAAAGAUGAAGAUAUUGAAUCUGAAUUCAAAAUAGGAAGAUUAGUUGAUAAUUAGGAAAGUAAGUAUGGUAGCAUUUGA